AUUUUGUUAGUAGUCGAUAAUUUUUUUUUUUUUAUCUCUAAAGGUCAAUUUUCGAUUUUCAGAUAUUUUCGCUCAGACGGUCGAACCAGAAGAGAAGGCUGUUUUAAGUUUUUCGCCCAGUCUUCGAAACUUCAUAAUAAGUAAUCAUGUCUCGAGUAUUAUCGCAAUUGAAAAAAUCAACCAGUAAGUGCCUACUACUGAAAACUAAACUACCGAUUUAAUAAAUUGUAUUUUUGUAUAAUUAUUAUGAAACUAAUGAUGAUUAAUAAUUUCAUUUAAAGCCGUGUUGAGGAUGGCCGUACGAUCCAAAAGUGACCAUCACUUAUCGUACCCGGCAGUGUCAAUGGACGAUAUGCCGGUUCCUACUGUACCAUACAAAGAAUUCUACAGUAAGAACAACGCCAAAUACAACGCUGUCCUAGUCGGUGGAAUUGUAUCACUCGCAGUAUCCAUUUACAUUGUAAGUAUAAUAUAUUAAACUACUAUUAUAAUAGUUGUUUUUAAAUUAAUAUAAAUAUAUUUAUAAAUUAUAAUUAUGUGUUUGUCGAUAAAUGUCCAGUGUGUUAAAACAAUAUUCUUUAUAGGCAAUAUGGUAAAUGGUAAUGUUAGUAGCCACCUGCAUUAUUAUUAUAUUUGAUUGAAUAUUCACUGUAACCUUGUGUAAUCAAAGUGAAUUAAUAUUUAAAAAUGUAUUAAGAAAUAUGAGAUUUAAUCUACAGUUAUAUAAAUAUUUUUUAAAUUAAAAAUAAAUCAUUCUUAAACUAGAAUAAGAUAUUUAAAAAAUGUGAAUUAGUUACAUUUUAUAUUCUUAUGUUUCAGUUACAAGAUAAUUGUUUCUUCAAUGCUUUUGAACCUCCAUACCCUUUUGAAGACGAACAGAAGUAAAUGAUUACAUAUUAGUAAUAUGAAUUUUUUUUUAUAUUUUUUUUUUUUGUCUCCAUGUAGUAAUUAAUAAUAUCGUUAUUAUAUAAUUAUGAACUUGAUUAUCCAGAAUAAAAUAAUGAUUUAAUAGUUAUAA